CAAAUAUGCUCUUUCUUUCGCUUAUAGGGCUUGGGCCUUGAUGAUUUGAGAAUUCAGACCCGCCCAAUCAUUAAUCGGGGUAGUUCGGUAACUCCGAGUCUUGAAACCCGACUCCGACUACCGCGCCGCCGCGCGUCACUGGUUUCCCUUUGUAGGAAGAGUUGGCGAUUGGCUCUCUUAGUAGGUCGCUGGCCAAGCUCUCGCUCUCUCUACCCGUUUCCGGCUGCAAGACAAUCACUUUCUGUUUUGAGUAAGUAAUGGUAGUGUCGGGUCACCGGUGCUUCAUCAUGGAUGCUGUCAUCCUAAUUGAUCGAUGGAUUUCUUAGUGGGUUUCGUCUUCACGUCAGUAUGAUUAUGAAUCGAAGACCUUUUGUUUUGUCAUCGCACAUUUGUUGUCCCGGAGCUUCUAUCAGUGCUAUUUCGUUUGGAAAAUCAUGGUAUAUGUGGGUAUCAGUCAUGCGAAAAUCAGGUGGAGGAGCAAGGCCUAAGAAGAAACUCUAUCACAGAGUCCAGGAUCUUGACAGAGUCAUGGAUCUUCAAAAGAAACCAUGUGCAAUCCUGCAGUUAAAAUCCAUUAUACAGGCUCAGAAGAAGCAAUUUCUCCUUCUCAGAGACCUAGAAAAAGAAGUUGGGUUUGUUCGGAAAUGGAACUUCAUGGCUGUAAUCGAGAAAUACAACACAAUCUUUCAUGUCAGUAGUGGUCACAGAACGCCACCAGCAGUCAUGCUGACGGAGAAAGCCAAAUUGAUUGCAGCAGAGGAAGAUGAUGUGAGAGAGCAGAUGGAAAUCCUCUUGGUUAAGAAACUGCGGAAGCUGUUAAUGCUGUCGGUCGAAUGUCGAGUUCCAAUCGAAACUAUUGAAUUUAUUGAAAGUGAUCUUGGUUUACCUUUCAACUUCAAGGAGUCUUUCGUUCCAAAAUACCCUGAGCACUUUUCCAUCAAAGAUAUUGACGGAAGGGCUCAUCUAAUUUUGGAAAGUUGGGAUUCAAGUCUAGCAGUAACAGCUCGUGAGGAAAGAUUGGCUCAAGAGGGGAUUCUUAGCUCAAGUAGUAGCUGGAAGAAGGCUAGAAUAUCAAAAGAUGGUAACUUUCCCGGCCCUUAUGCUUUCCAUACGAAGUUUCCUCCUGGGUUUAGACCAAACAAAAGCUACCUUGAAGAGUUUGAGAGAUGGCAGAAGAUGGAAUUCCCUUCUCCUUACUUGAAUGCGCGAAGAUUUGAAUUUGCUGAUCCGAAAGCUAGAAAACGCGUGGUAGCAGUACUUCACGAACUACUCAGUUUUACCAUGGAGAAGAGAUUAACAUCUUUCCAGCUAGAUGCUUUCCAUGUUGAGUAUCGAUUACCAGCUAAUUUAUUACUGUGUCUGAUAAAGCACCAUGGUAUUUUUUACAUCACAAACAAAGGUGCAAGAAGCACUGUACUCCUUAAAGAAGCUUAUGAGGGUUCAAAUUUGAUUGGAAAAUGUCCCAUGUUGUUGUUUCAAGAUAAAUUUGUUUCACUAUGUGGUAGGCAUGGUAGUCUGGAAUGAAAAAAAAUCAAUUUUUAGA